CCUCCGAUUGGCUGCUGUCGCGGAGUGCGUAGGGGAGGGGUAGACGGCGUAUUAAACCACACGUCUGCUCCCAUUUCAUCCAGAGAGCCGCUCAGCUGUCGAGUCAGGGAAGAGAGAGGGAGAGAGAGAGAGAGAGCGCAGCAGAUAGAUAGAUAGAGAGAAAGAGAGAGGAGUAAAGAAAAGGAAUAGACGGAGCGCUUGACUGAGUUUCCUUCUCUCUGCUGGGCUGUAAAGUGAUCAUUCUCUCCCUCUCUCUCUCUGUGUGUGUGUGAAACAGGAGCUCCAGUGAGUGAGUGAGUGAGUGAGUGCCCCAGCACUGGAUUAACAGCCUCAACAAGAAGCCGGCAGAGAGCAGCAGGAGGCGGAGGAAGGACUGCCUGCCUGUGUGGAGUUGUCUUUUCUUUUUUACUGGGUGAACGAGGGGGCUGUGUCGGAGCAGCACCUCGGCCCCGGAUCUCUCACCCCCCCCCCCCACCACCUCCACCACCUCCACCCUCACUCCCGGACCUGCCGUGGGUCAGUCAGCCGGACUGAUGUGGAAUGUGACCCCUGCUGACCCGAGCCCACAAGCCCCCAUUGACUGAGCUGCAGCGGCAAGAGGGCGCCUGAAAGAGCCCCGGCCAGCCAGGCCGAGCACAAAAGCCAGGAGGAGAAGAAGAACAGAGAGAGAGAGAAGAGAAGAGAAGAGAAGCAACAGCAGUAACAACAGCAGCAGGAGCAGCAGGAGGAACCCGUAAGGACUGCAGCAUCAGCAGUCAGCACCACCACCACCACCACUGCUGUCGCCACCGCCAACCCCAUCAUGCCCGUGGAGACGCUGCGCCCAUCUGACGGGCGCCUGGGCACCGGCGGGCCCUUCACCUCGGCCAUGCCCUUCCGCAUCCUCAACAAGGGCCCCAACUACUUCCGCCGGCCGGCGGAGCCGGGCACGCGCAAGCUGAGCGCCGUGGAGCGCCUGGAGGCCGACAAGGCCAAGUACGUCAAGAGCCAGCAGGUGGCGCUCACGCGGCAGGAGCCCGUCAAGCCGCCCAUCAUCCGCAAGCCGCUCAUGUCGCCGGGCAUGAUGCUGCAGUGCCGCAUCAGCACGCCGCCGGCGCGCAAGGUGCCAAGGAGGCCGGCGAACCACGCCGACGCCGAGAACGGAGGGGGCGACGGGGGCACGGGGACCCGCCGAGGGCCGCACCUCAACUUGGAGAUCCUCAACAACCUCAUCAACGUGUGCGACGGGCCGCCGCUGCCCUCGCCGUCGUCCUCUCCGUCGCCGGUCCCCUCCUCCCCGUCCCCCUCCGCCUCCUCGCCCUCCUCGGGGUGCAAGCGGCCGGGCAGCGGUGGCGGCGGCGUCCCCCCUCCCUCCCUGGAGCCCCAGAACCCGGCGUCCGGCGCCACCCCGGUCUCCUCCUGCACCUCGUCGCCCCUCAACGGGCACGUGGAGCGCCGGCCGCCCCCCGUCCCGGCGCGCGCCCCCAGGAUGAGCGCGUACGGCAGCUCGCCCAACUCGGUGACGGUGCGGCGGGUGGACGUGCGGCCCCAGGCGGAGGUGCGCAAGCCGCCCAGGAGGAUGCCCCUGCAGCCCCAGCACAAGCCGCGGCAGAUCGCCCAGCCGCAGGUGGCCCACUCCACGCAGACGCAGACGCCGCUCUCGCUGCCUCCUCCUCCACCUCCUCCCACCACCACCACCACCACCACCACCUCCUCCCCGUCCCCGUCCCCGUCCCCGGCCUCCCUGCCCGUGUCUCUGCCCGGUCCGCAGCAGCCCCCCUCCCCCUUGUGCCUGCCGGCGAGCCCCCUGUUGCUCCGCGCCACCGCUGGCGUGGUCCUCCCGCCCGCCUCCCCGGCCUUCACGCGCAUCUCCUCGGCCAGCUCGCGCGGCUCGGCCCGCAAGCACCCGGCGCUGCACCGCUCCAAGUCGGACCUGAGCGACCGCUACUCGCGCGCCACCGCCGACCUGGAGCGCUUCUUCAACUACUGCGGCCUGGACCCCGACGAGGUGGAGGGCAUGGGCGGCGUGGAGUGCUUCGCCCGCGCCAGCUCCGACAUCGUCUCCGUCUCCAAGAUGCGCAGCGUCAGCACGCCCAGCUCCGAGUGCGGCGACGGCGGCUACGGCGGCCGAGGGAGAGGAGGCUGCGAGGACGACUACGAGGACGAGGACGAAGGCGGCCCGCCCAGGCCCAACGAGCGCGUGCCCUACAGCAUCUCGGUCAUCGAGAGGAACGCCCGCGUCAUCAAGUGGCUUUACGGCAUCCGGCAGGCACGAGAUGCCUCGCAGAACGUUUCCAACGUCUAGACACUCGUGCGUCUGUCUGCACAGGAGGCUGGACUUCGGGACAGACAGGAAGUAAUAACGGAAUAUGCAUCGGGGAAAGAGACUAACUUGGAUAGUCCCCUGUUUUCUUUUUGUUUGUUUCGUUUUUUUUUUAUGGUAUAUAGUUAAUUUAUUAAAUCCAUGAGAACAUUUAGAGCCCCCUCUUGUGUCUAUUUUUUUCUUUGUAUAUUUGUGUAACACAGAGAGAUUUUUUCUUUUCUUUUUGCCUUACAGUAAGUUAAAGGAUAUAUUUUUUUGUUGUCGAGAGGGGACCCCUCUACGUUCGGUGCAUUAAGCAUUAACCUUCGGACUUGGAACUGCUCGCUCUUCUGGAAACGUGAUGUCAUUGUCAUCAGGGUCGGCUAUGUGGACCACUUACCUCAGAGGCGAAUGGAAGGCCAACACACUCUGCACAUAGACUAGUGGGUGAUGGGGAGCCGGUUAAAGCAAUAAUGAUCGCAAUGGUAAUGAAAAGCUUUUGAGUGAAUGAAAAUGAGGAAGAGGAGGAGGAGGAGGAGGAUGAAGGCGGCAGUAGACCUGCUGUUACAUUGCUGACCGUUCAGGUACUUUAGUGUGUUUUUUAAAAAGCGCAGUGGUGGAGUGGCUGUGAACUUUGAACCCCAAGAGUUGCUGUCAGAUUAUCUGGUGCUACUUUGAUCUCUGAGCCCUGUGCUCGUCUUGCUGUCGACAAAUCCCUUCAGUCAAAGAGCAAAGAGCUUGGUCAGUUUAGAAGAGAGGGUGAUUGGUUGAUUGAUUGAUUGGUUGAUUGAGUGACAGCUUUCACUUUGGGGUUCAUCAGGUCGCAGCCUCUCAUGGCUGUGGAGAGUCCAGUUAGCCACAGUUUGGUUGUCAUUUAAGCCUACACACUCUGGGUGAAGAAUCAGAGAUAUGCAUUGCAUGGCAAGGGAAGAUGAACCUACACACACACACACACACACACACACACACUGAUCAGAUUUACAGACACACAGAAGUGUAUGCACCCACCCACACACAUACACACACAUAUUAUUGUGCACAUGUAAUUCAACACAACCAUACAUGCACAUCUGCACACACCUGGUUUCCUGGUAUCUGCAAUGGAAAUGUGUGUGUGUGUCUGUGUGUGUGUAGAGAGCGAGAGAGAGGGAGAUAGCUUUUACAGAAAUGCAAAGAAUAGCAAAGAAGAGACCCUCAUAAAUACUGUGAAAUAAUGGCAUCUUUCACGGAAAAAAAAGAGAGAAAUACUUUGUUCAGUUACCGUGGCUGUUAGACUGUUAAUGCUGUCCCAGGUUCUGCAGUGCAUGAAGAGAAACCCUUUUUAGCAUGAGUGUGUGUGUAUGUGUGUGUGUGCGUGCGUGUGUGUGUAACAUACAGUAUACGUCUUGUAUGCUUUGGAACGCCAUCUCGAUGAAGCACACUUUUCCUCACUCACAGAACACAUUCCAGCACAUACAGAACACAGAUGGGUUCCAUGGCAGCAGGGGUCAGGUUCUUGUUCCACGAAAAGUGUUGAGGACAAGCUGUUUUUAGGUUUUUUUUUACGUUUGUCGUAUGCUGUAUUCUGGGAAGAGCUUGGAGAAAGGUCUUGUCAUGUUGUCAACAAGUGGUUCAAGUAUGUUGGUCAGAGGAGGUCAGAGGUUGGAGUUCAAAGGUCACUUUGGCCAUCUGCUCAGUGGUGUGAGGACACUGGCCCCUCAGCCUCACCACUGGUCGCUGGAUCAGGGGAGGGAGGAGUUGGAACAAGAAUGAGGAGGGAUGAAAAGGCAAGGAAUGGUCAUUUAAGUGCAAGGAGUAUGGCUCAUGCAAAAAAACCAACAAAACAAAACAAUCAAACGACGUCAACAACAAAAUACAACUGCAAAACAAGAGACUCUAUGGACAUGCAAUGUUACUUAGUUACAACUUUUCAAGACUUGUUGAGUGUUCAGUGUUUCAAAGUUUAGUUUCUUGUUUUUUCAUUGAUUGCUGUUUGAGGGUAUCCACAUACAGCUAAAUAACACCCACACACACACACACACACACACACGGUGAUGAACACACACACACCACGGUUGUGUGAAGAUGAGACAUGACAUGUAUGACUGGGUUGUCUUCUCCAUGUUCGUGAAUGCCCUGUUCAGAUGUGCUGUUGAGUUGAGCAUUGGCCAGUUCAAAAAAAGAAAAGAGAUCUUUUUCUGCUGCAACCUCUUGUUGUCUUUACAUUUCAAUAAAGAAAAAAAGUGUUCAUA